GGGUGACCCAUGCAGAGUUGUCCCCUUUCGGGGUUAAAUAGCCUCUCCCGUCUCUGGUUCAGGCAGCACCUGUGCCUGGAACACCCCUUUUAAAUGAACUGCUUUUUGCUGCUUUGCUGACAUGUGUGUGCCACCAUGGGGGUGAUGAAUGGGGUAUCACUGCUAGUCUGGUACAAGGCCAGGUUUGCCUGUGUGACUCCGGGGUUGUAUUGCCACAGGUUGUGCUGUAACCAUGUUCCCUCUGCAAUGUAUUUAACUGGUAGCUACAGGCACCAGGAUUCACGAUGGCAGGAGCAACUUCUUUACCCAUUUCCCCCUGCCAGGCAGGAUUCCAGUUAGUUUCCUGCUCUGGUACCACUGGGCUGCGAUGGCAACACCGUAUAGCUGUAGAGGUGACCAACGAACCCAUUCUGGAGUUCAAGCAAGGCAGCCCGGAACGAGCGGCUCUUCAGAAGGCGUUAAACGAUCUGAAGGGCAAGACGGAGGCCAUCCCGUGCGUGGUGGGGGGAGAAGAGGUAUGGACGUCGGACGUCAGAUACCAGUUGUCGCCGUUCAAUCACUCACACAAGGUGGCCAAGUUCUGCUAUGCGGGCAAGGACUUGCUUAACAAAGCCAUCCAUGCCGCCAUGGCUGUGCGGAAGGAGUGGGACCUGAAACCCGUCCAGGAGAGGGCACAGAUCUUCUUCAAGGCGGCUGACAUGCUGAGCGGGCCAAGGCGAGCGGAAGUGCUGGCCAAAACCAUGAUUGGGCAGGGCAAAACCGUCAUGCAGGCGGAAAUCGACGCAGCCGCGGAGCUGAUCGAUUUCUUCCGAUUCAAUGCCAAGUAUGCGCUGGAGCUGGAGAACUCUCAGCCCAUCAGUGUCCCCAUCAGCACCAACAGCAUGGUCUACCGGGGGCUGGAGGGCUUUGUUGCAGCUGUUUCGCCCUUUAACUUCACUGCGAUUGGUGGGAACCUGGCAGGGGCUCCGGCUUUGAUGGGAAACGUGGUCCUAUGGAAACCCAGCGACACCGCCAUGCUAUCUAGCUUCACCAUCUACAGGAUCCUCCUGGAAGCUGGUCUCCCUCCAAACGUCAUUCAGUUCGUCCCGGCUGAUGGACCUCUUUUUGGAGACACAGUCACAAGCUCUGAGCAUUUCUGCGGGCUCAACUUCACGGGCAGCGUGCCAACCUUCAAGCACCUUUGGAAGCAGGUGUCGGAGAACCUGGAUCGGUACCGCACUUUCCCGCGCCUGGCAGGAGAGUGCGGUGGGAAGAACUUCCAUUUUGUGCACAGCUCAGCCGACGUGCCCAGUGUGGUGAACGGGACCCUGCGCUCGGCCUUCGAGUACAGUGGCCAGAAAUGCUCAGCCUGCUCCCGCCUCUACGCCCCCGACUCGCUGUGGCCCCAGAUCAAAGCGAAACUGUUGGAGGAGCACGGGAAGAUCAAAGUGGGAGACCCUGCCCAGGAUUUCGCAACCUUUUUCUCAGCUGUGAUCGAUGACAAGUCUUUUGCACGUAUUAAGAAGUGGAUCCAACAUGCCAAGACGUCACCCAACCUCAGCAUCCUGGCGGGGGGGACAUGUGACGACACCGUUGGGUAUUUUGUCGAGCCGUGUAUCGUGGAGAGCAAAGACCCAAAGGACCCCAUCAUGGAAGAGGAAAUUUUUGGCCCAGUCCUGACUGUGUAUGUCUAUCCAGAAAAGCAGUACAAGGAAAUCCUACAGCUCAUAGACACCACGUCCCCCUAUGGCCUCACGGGGGCAGUGUUCGCCCAGGAUAAGAACGUCAUCCAGGAAGCGAGGACGCUUCUGAGGAAUGCAGCUGGCAACUUCUACAUUAACGAUAAGUCGACAGGUGCAAUUGUGGCCCAGCAGCCAUUUGGGGGCGCCCGUAUCUCAGGAACCAACGACAAACCGGGCAGUCCCUACUACCUCCUGCGCUGGACGUCUCCCCAGGCCAUCAAGGAGACCCACGUGCCCCUCGGAGACUGGCAGUACGCGUACAUGCAAUGAUCGCGGCCCAGCACCUUCCAUGCUGGGAGAACACUCUCUUACUACUGACUCCCAACGCAGAGCAUAGUUGCUGAUCUCAUUGCCAAGCUACGGCUCUAAUAGUAUUUAAAGCAUUUUGUUUUUUCAAACAAAAUUUAACAGACUGUUACCCAGCAACAAGAGCAGCCCUUGUGAUUUUUCAAGCCUGAUGUAGAGGAUUAGUCUAAAGCAGGGUUCUUCUGAAGGCUGCAGUUUGUUCACAGUCCUCUAGCAGGAGGAGACUGCUCAUCAAGGAACCAGAGGCCUGCAAAACAGUAGAGGAGAAACGUUCUGGCAAGAAUUAGAUACCGGGGAUUCAUGCUGAUCUGUGCUAAACAAAUCCAUGAAGCUUGCCCUCCCACUCCACAUCCCAUAGAAUCACAGAGGAAUAUGCCAUGCCCGUGGAGAUGUUCUUGUCCAUUUCUCCCCAUACGUUGGUCUAUGCAUGAUUGUGGUUUUGCAUCUAGAUCUCGGGCAGAGUGUCUCCUGCUGCAGGUAUGAAGCCAGUGCCCAGUCUGCCACUGGAGAGGGAACAAAUCGUUUUCUUUAAAGGGCUUGGCCAUACGGACACUUAUUUGUCCGCAAGCUGUGGUGUAAAUCUACCCUGCACAAGCCUGCUGGGCACUAAGAGUCUGGGUGAACCUUGCUGCUGCCUGCUAAAAAUUCCCUACUGUGCUUUAAUCUACUCCAAGUAGGGGUAGAUCUAAGCUCCGUAGGAAACUUUUAGUGCAUGGUAGCUUAUAGCAAGCUGGGAUGUAAAUCUAAGUGUUUGUGUGGACAAGCCGUGUGUUUUAUCAUCAAACCAACACUGUAGGUGAUAGAAUGCUUUGCAUUAACACUUCUGCUGUAAAAUCUUUGCAGAGUUUAGAGGGAAGAGGCAUUUAGGGAAAGUAAACACCCAUGUCCCUCUCUGCCAGAAUUGGGACCAGUUUUGCUUUCUCCCCCUGAGCUGAGCUUCCUGAAAUAAUUGAAGCAAGAGCUCUGUGACUUGUACUGGAGCAGAUAAUGGCAUUAACAGGAUGGGCUUCCCUCUGUUACUUUCAGAGCUGUAUUAUUUUCCAAACACU